UUCCAGGAGGCCUGUCCCAUAACCCCGAGAAAACGUUUGGAUUCACUCGUGUUGGACGAAAAGUUAAAAGUCUGGCCUCAAAAUAAUAAUAAUAAUAAUAAACCCAAUUGCAGAGCAACGAUACCUCGGAUGCCACGCUGGUGGAGCGGCCCAGCGUUGGAGAAGGGUUAAAAGUUCCUGAUGGUCAGGAUGCAGGGUCAGCUGCGUGCUCUAAGCAGCCGCGAGACCCAGGAAGCAGAACUAGGUUUCCCUAAGCAGAAUUUGGUGGCUCACGUUGUUAACCUGAGAGGCUCCGGCAUCCCUGAGGAAGAUCCCAGUGGGCGUAUUCGUGUGCAGGUGUUUUAAGAAGGUUUAAGGGAAGAGGAAAGAGCCGCCACCUCAUCGCCCGGCUUUCUGGGCUAAGUAAGAAAGGAGCGAACUAGCAUUUCUCAGUUUACGUUCCCGGCCUGCGGAUGCAGCGCGACACGGCGCCGUGGGAGCCUGUAAACCCAGCCCUCGGGAGGCAGAGGCCGGCAGCUCUGAGCGUGAGUGAGCCCCGGGACCGCCGAGGCCACGCAGAGAAACCAAAACAGAACGUGGACGCGUGCUCGGCGACGGAACUGCGGUUGGGGUUCGGUGCCCACGGCCACCACCCCAACCACCACCGCCCCACCUCCACAGCCUUCGCCAAAAACCGGCUGGAAAGGGCUGUCCGGGGCGGCCCGCCCGGAACUGCCACGGAGCCCCGCCCCCUCGUUCCCUCCGCCAGCGCCGGGUCCGGGCUCCGGCCCAGAGCGCAACCGGCGGAAGUGACGGCAUCAAGUGUGCGUCAGGCGCUCGGCGGGGUCGAGUCCGGUACCGCUGGCGGUUAUCUGCUGGCGGUUCGGCGGAGUUUCCGCGGCCGUGUCGUUCUCCCGUCACUGCCCAGGCUCUCCGUCCCUAGGCUCAGGUUAGCGUGGUCUUACAAAACUGUGGGAUGGCUCUUCUGGAAAAAGAUGCCGCACUGGCUUAGGCAGACUCUUGAAGACUGUGCAGAAUUGAUUUCCCCAAUAUUUAGUUUGAUGGCCCAGUUUCCAAAGAUGAAGACUCUGGAAACAGUCUAAAAAUAAAUUAGUGCACCAGUGAUUAUUGCGAUUUUACGACACAGCAUCACUAUUUUAUAGUGUGUGAAGAUAACCCAGAAAAUUAAAGAAGUUUCUAAGGAAAUAUGCAGAGGCUACUCUAGAGAAACUGAGUACUGAAGAAAGUGA